AUGAGUGUUCGGCUAUUUACGGCACAGCAAGCUGCCGUCGCUCUGCGCCCUUUCUACUUUCUUGUCCAUCCCGACCGUUUUGCGCAUUCUCCCGAAGUCCAGAAAAAAAACGAAAAAAGUUUACAAGUAAGAAAAGGAUUUUUUGGUGAUAGAUUACUUGAAAUUUUAUAAUUAUAAUACUAAAGAUAUUCAAUGGGUAUCUCAACGAAUUAUUCCCACAACCCCGUGAACAGCGACCAGUGCAGGUCCGUUUUUCCAUCAUGAAAAAUGAUAAACUCAGAGAUGUCGCCUUUGAAUUAUCAGGCAAUGAUCCCGUCUCUAUUGUUAAGUAAGCAUGUUAGUAGCCUCGUUUUUACUUUUAGAAAUGCUUUAGAGAAAUGCGAGUUGAGUACUGAAAACCUUCCAAAGGUUUCUGUUCAGCCACGCCCUUAUUCAUCCCCAUUUAAUGCCGAAGAUUUAUGGAAUAAUUUACAACAAAGGGAAAUAAAGAGACGGAAACGACAUCAGAAAUCUCUGCUGCAACAUAUAAUACAAAAAAGAGCAGAAGCAGUCGAGAAAACUGUUAAUUAUCAGAAAACCAAAGAGUUUAUCCAGGAUGAAGUCUCUUAUGUCCAACAAAAAACAGGCCUGAAGGAGGUUGGUCUUUAAUAGUAUGACUUUUCUAUGUCUUCAGAUAAUCUGGUCAAUGAAUUGGGAUCAGUCAUAUAUGAGGAGAUGUCUGAUCAACGUUCUUCACAUGCUAAAACAUUCAUCCAAUAAGGAAAGGGUUGUCUUGGCGUUACACAAUCAUACCUUAAUGUAGGUUAACGCUGGCAUAUUUACGAAUUCAAUUGUAGAUUUGGCCGAGGAUCAUUUAUUUGUUGUGAUGGCUCCAUUCAAUUCGGAGCAGAUGAUGUUCCCGAGGCCUGGCUGGAUGUUUGUAUUGAAUCUACAGUAAGAAGAUUCGAGGUUAGAAACCUCGUACGCCUUCUCGAUCGGGUUAAAGAACUUUUGGGUGGUGCCGAAGUCAUCUAUGACCCUCGGGGGAACCUUCUUCAGACCACUCAUCAACUCCAAUCCCUCAUCGUCAGGAUUUCAUCCAGAUCUAAAGCUGAGAUGAAUGAAUUGGCUGAAGUUGCGCGGAAUCUCCAAGUUGAGAUAUGCAAUUCUUACAGUGAGAUCAACAUCAGAACAGACGGUCGGCUUCAGAUUCCCUCAAUUGUUGACGGAAAACUCCUACUGAAUUUUAUUAAGGAUAACAAAGAAGAGAUCUUAAGGCGGAGAAAAAAUUUCAGGGAUCUUGAAGUAAGUGACGAAUACGUAAUCAAACCUAUUUUAGAACGAAAUAGAUAACGCCAAACGUCGAUGUAUAAUAGCCUUAGGGUUGGACGACUUGUCGUUUGAUGCGGGUAUUCCGGAACAGCGACUCUUGAGCGCCGUAGAACAGCUCCGGACAAUGGAAGACGUCGAACAAUUCAAGGGUCUUCACUUGCAUAUAUCACACAGCCCUAAUGUCUUUGUAAUGACAAAUGGGGCCAUUUCAGUGCCUUUGACUUGA